AUGGCAAUAAUUGAAGUUCAACAUCGUCCAUCUAGUGUUCAAUUAAAUAGUCCUCCAACAAGUGCAAAUAAUAAUACUACAAUCUCAUCAAAAUCUUCCUCAACAAAUUCAAUUUUAUCAAAUAAUUCUCAACAACAACCACCACCACCAAAUCAACAACAACAACAAUCAAUGGAUAUAAAACAAAAAUUAUCUCAAAGUGAAGGAAAUAUUUAUAAUUUAAAAAAUGAACAUAUUAAUUUAUCAAAUAUUAAACAAAAAUCAUUUUUCAAAACUGGUGAAAUAAUUAAUAAUCAAAAUUUACCUCCAACUCCUCCUUCAAAAGUUAAAAGUGAAGAUGAAAAUAGUAUCAAUACAUCCUUACCAUCAUCACAGCAACCACCACCAACACCACAACAACAACAACAUCAUCAACAAGAUUCGAGUAAUAAAAAUAAUAUGUCAAGUCCAAUUUGUCGUAAUUGUCAAACUCAAACUACUCCUCUAUGGAGAAGAGAUGAAACUGGUCAAGUAUUAUGUAAUGCUUGUGGAUUAUUUUUAAAAUUACAUGGAAGACCAAGACCAAUAAGUUUAAAAACUGAUACUAUAAAAUCAAGAAAUAGAGUUAAACAAAAUGGAGGUAAUAAUAAUAAUAAUAUUAAUCAACAAUCACAAAAUAGUCCUUCUAUAUCAAAUAAAUCAUCUGUAUCAAAUACUCCAGAAUUAAAAUCAAAAACUAGUAAUAAUAAUAAUAGUACUACUACUACUACUAUUAAUAAUUCAGUAGGUAAAAAAUCUCCAAAAUUGAAAAAAUUUAAAAAUUCCGAUUUAACACCAAUAUUACCUGUUACUUCCCAUCAACAACAACAACAACAGCAACAGCAACAUCAACCUCAUAAUAUUAGUCAACAUCAUCAACAACAUAAUAGUCAUCAUCAUCCAAUACAUUUACCAAAUCAUGUAUUACAUCAAGUACCAUUACAUUAUCCAUCAUCUACACCAACUCAAUUUGCUCCAGGAUUAAGAAGAAUUACUUCUCCAUUAUUAUUAUCAACCACAUCUUCAUCAGCUGUUAGAAAUGAACCAAUUUCAACUGCUGCUGCUGCUGGUGUAUUGGAAAAUUUAUCAAAUGAAUUAGGUCCAAGUGCUACUUUUAAAUCUUCUAAUAAUUCUUAUAAUAAUGGAAUAUCAUUAUUAAAUAAAUCUGAUAAUUUAUCAAAUGGUUCAACUUCUUCAAUUUUUUCAAGUGUUAAUACUAAUACUCCUCCAAAAUUACCUGCUUUAAAUAAAAAAUCUCCUGCAUUUCAAGCAGUUGCUUCAAGAUCUUCAACUCCAACUUUACCACCAUUAUAUCAAGUAGCUUCAGGAUUUCAACAAGAUCAAUCAUCAAAAACGGAGAACCGUUCAAAUGAUCAACAAUCAGAAAAAGAAAAGAAUAAUGCUUCUGAAGGUAAUGAUCAAAAAGAUUUUAACAAUAAUAAUAAUAAUAGUGACAACAAUAAUAAUAACAACAAUGAUAACAAUAACAAUAAUAAUAACAACAACAACAACAACAAUUCACAAUAUAAUUCUCAUAAUGAAGUUACUAUAUUAAAAACUAGAAUAUCUGAACUUGAAUUGGUAAAUGAUUUAUACAGAACCAGAAUUAUGGAAUUAGAAGCUAUGGAACAAGCUGCUAGAUUAAGAGAAAAUUCAAUGCGUAAAAGAUUAGAAGAAGUUAUUAGUUUAGAUAAUAAGAAACGUAAACUUAAUUAA